CAUCAUGAACUUCCUUGCCCGCACUGCUCGUGCUGUCCGCCCUGUGCGUAUGGUUCGUUCCUAUGCCACUGAGGCUGCCGCUACUGGCCUCCGUUUGACCUUUGCUGUCCCUCACCAGACCAUUUACAAGGAUGUCUCGGUUACUCAAGUCAACAUUGCUGCUGUCUCCGGCGACAUGGGUAUCCUUGCUAGCCACGUGCCAUCCAUUGAGCAGCUUCGCCCAGGUCUUGUUGAAGUUCUCGAGGCUACUGGCUCUAAGAAAUUCUUUGUCUCUGGGGGCUUUGCUACCAUGAACCCUGACUCCAGCCUUAACAUCAACGCCAUUGAGGCUUUUCCCGUUGAGGACUUCAGUUCCGAGGCCGUCCGCCAUAAUCUUGCCGAGGCCCAGCGCCUUUCCAACUCUGGAGCCACUGAAGAAGAGAGGAUUGCUGCCAAGAUUGAGGUCGAAGUCCUUGAAUCUCUCCAGGCUACUCUCAAUGCCAAGUAAACUGGGGGACACCUGUUGGAUAAAGAAAUGAAAGUGAUAGGAUUAGGAAUACAGAUAGAGCGCUUCUAAAAACUAUUUAAAGCAAAAUCAAAUAUUUUGGAGUUUGUUCGCCAGGG